UGACAAUGGAUGGCGAUUGCACGUAACUGUGCAAAGCGCUCUUUCUCUGAUAUUUAUCCUCAGCCAGGACUUUUAUUCCCAUUUUCGCUUGCAAUUCGAUGCGGACGAUACGAUACUACAGAAAUUCAGUGUGCUAGAGAUAUAUAUAUAAAAUUUGGAAGAAACGGAAGUGGAGAUUGAAGAACGCAGGUGGGAGGCGGAUUCUUGUUAUUAUCAUUUGUACUCUUUCGAUGUUGUAAUUCAAGAUGACACCUGUUUGCCCUUUUACAAAAGCUUCUCGCCCUGAUGAUGCAUCUAGCAAAAAACCAGGUGAACACCAAAAUAAACAGCAGGCAUCCAAUGAGAACAAGCCUCAGCAAGACUCCAUUGUUGCACCCAAAUGCCCUCUUGGAUAUGAUUCUCAGACAUUUAAGAUAGGCCCUCUCAGUUGCGUUAUAUGCCAAGCACUUCUUUUUCAAUGCAGCAAAUGUGUGCCUUGUUCCCAUGUAUAUUGCAAGGCAUGCAUAUCAAGGUUCAAGGAUUGUCCUAUUUGCGGUGCUGACAUAGAGAAAAUAGAAGAUGACGCUAAUCUUCAAGGUGUUGUUGAUCGUUUCAUUGAGGGUCAUGCCAGGAUCAAGAGGUCUCAAGUUGACACUGAACAGGAUGAAAGAGAAGAUGAUAAGAAAACAGUGAUAUAUGAGGAUGUGUCACUUGAGCGAGGUGCUUUCUUGAUGCAGCAGGCCAUGAGGGCACUUCGAGCCAAUAACAUAGAAAGUGCAAAAUCAAGGCUUAGCAUGUGCACGAAGGAUGUCAGAGAACAAUUGGAAAAGACAGGGAACACACCUGAGUUAUGCUCUCAGCUAGGAGCUGUUUUAGGGAUGCUUGGUGAUUGCUGUCGAGCUACUGGUGAUGCUAGUUCUGCCAUUUCCUACUUUGAGGAAAGUGUUAAUUUCUUAAUGAAAAUACCCAAUGAUGAUUCUGAGAUAACGCAUACACUUUCUGUGUCACUGAAUAAAAUUGGAGAUCUAAAAUACUAUGAAGGGGAUUUGCAAGCUGCUAGAUCCUAUUAUUCUCAGGGUUUGGAUGUUCGCCGCAAUGCAAUGAGUCAUCAUUCCACGGUUCCCACUCUGGUCAUAGAUGUGGCUACAUCCCUUGCCAAAGUUGCUGAUGUAGAUAGAAACCUGGGGAAUGAAGAUGCAGCAAUUGCUAAUUUUCAAGAAGCUGUUAAAUUGUUGGAAUCGUUAUCAACAAGCGCUUCUGAUGUUGGUCUCGAAAACCGGCGCCUUUCUGUCCUGGAGUUUCUCAACGGCCAACUAGGAAAAAAGUAGGAUUAUGCUCUUCCCGAGCAAGCAGUUCGAUCUCUCAAGGAGACUUAUAAUGCCGAAGCUUUUUACACAAUCUGGCUGUUCUGUAAUAAAAGUUUACUGAAGAUUACCAGAUUUUGUUUGGUGUUGAACUUGUGAAAGUUCUUCAGCAUAGCUGCAAUGCUUCUUGGACUUAUUGUGUAAUGAUACGACGAUGAAGAAAAAGAGAGAUGCUUUCCACUGUACAUGGUUUUGUGUUUUGGUAUGAGAUGAAAAAGCAUGAACUUUCAAUUUUCA